AUGGACGGUGCGACGGCCUCCUUGCCGGCGGGAGUCCUCGACCGUAUUAAGCGCGAAGCCAAGGAACGUCGCGACGAACUCAUAAAAUGCAUCCGAUUUGAGCUCAUGUCGCUUUCAGAGUUAUCUAACGAGGUUCGAGCCUCCAAACUUCUCUCCGCAGACGCCCUUCUCGACGCGAUUAGCUCGAAGACGUUGAAAACUUCGGACCAGUUAAACCUCCGCGGGCGCCUUUUACCUGAAGUGAACCUUGCUGUGCCGAGGCUGGGCUGCUCCCUGGUCGCAGGCAAUCGGGGGAGUUAUCCUUUCUUCUUUCUGGACACCACACCUGUCAAUGAGCUGUCCGGCAUACAAGUUCCAGAGGCUGAUCUGUCGUCCGCUGGUGGUACGCGGACUGUGCAGCAGAGUUUUGCGGAUCCAAAUCCGUCUUCUCAGCGCACCGCUGGACAGAGAUUCCCGCGUCUUUCCUCAACAACUCAACCCAGCACCAGUCACUAUCCGCGAGCCGAUGGGUUUAUUCCUGGUGACGUUCCUCUGCCUCAGCUGGAUCCGCAAAACGCCGCCAAUGGCUCUCCGUGUAAGCUAACUUCUAUCUUUGCUGCUGACUGA